AUGGAAAAUCGAAUGAAUUUGGAUCAGGGUAAUCGACGGGGUAUUUCAGAUCAACCAGGGUUGGCAAAGAUCUUGGCGAAUAUCACGAAACAGCUUGACGAGAAACUCAAUGGAAUUCGAGAACGAUUGGAAGACGAGUAUAAACGGAAGCUCGCAAGCCUGCAGAAGCGUCUUGAUCUGUUUUCUACGAGAAUCUACCGACGUGGUCAAUUCGAAUACGCCUACAUGGAGACACGAAACUCAUGGUACGAAGCUGAGGAGGACUGCCUUGCUUGGGGAGGUCAUCUGACGUCGAUCUCAGAUAUGGGAGAAAACGUGUUUGUUAGAGGUCUUAUACGAGCUGAAAGUGCUUGGAUUGGCGUGAAUGACGUACAACGGGAGAACUUAUUUGUGAAUACCGAUCGUAGUCCAGUCGUUUUCAAGAAUUUCAAGAAAGGACAGCCGGACAACGCCGGCCACAACGAGAACUGCGUGGAGAUGCUGUCAACGGGUCAAUGGACGGACGCGUUCUGCUUGGUCACCAAGCCGUUCGUAUGCAAGCGAUGA